AUGGAAAAAGAAGGAGGACUCGUUAACAGACCACCACUUCUGGUUGGUGACUCAAACUAUGACUACUGGAAAUCACGUAUGACAGCUUUUCUAAAGUCUAUUGAUAAUAAGACCUGGAAAGCAGUUAUCAAAGGCUGGAACCAUCCAGUUAUUGUUGACAAAGAAGGGAAAUCAACACUUGAAUUGAAGCCUGAGGAGGACUGGUCCAAAGAAGAAGAUGAGUUGGCUCUUGGAAACUCUAAAGCACUGAAUGCAUUGUACAAUGGAGUUGACAAACACAUUUUCAGACUUAUAAAAAAAUGCACCUCUGCAAAGGAAGCUUGGGAGAUACUCAAAACAGUACAUGAAGGUACAUCUAAGGUGAAAAUAUCAAGGCUACAGCUUCUAACCACUAAGUUUGAAAAUUUAAGGAUGAAGGAUGAUGAAAGCAUUCAUGAGUUUUACAUGACUAUACUUGACUAUGACAAUCAAUUUGAUGCUUUAGGAGAAAAGAUAUCUGAAGAACGACUAGUAAGGAAAAUGCUUAGAUCUCUCCCUAAGAAGUUUGACAUGAAAGUUACUGCUAUAGAAGAUGCUAAGGAUAUCUCAGAAAUGAAGCUUGAUGAGUUAAUUGGAUCCCUGCAAACAUAUGAAGUGGCUGCAAAUGAAAGAACAGAAAAAAAGACUAAAAGCAUAGCCUUUGUUUCUAAUGCUGAAGUUGAAGAACAACAGGAUGAGAUGGAAUCUGAUGAAAGCAUCUAUGAUGCUAUUGUGCUUUUAGGGAAACGAUUUAAUAAAGUCUUGAAGAGAAUGGACAUACGACCUAGAACAAAUGCUACAGACAUUAGUCGCAACAUCAAUAGAAACAUCAGCAACCAGAGAAAACCAAGGACAGAUGAUAAACCCAAUCAAAGUAAAGGUGUCCAGUGCCAUGAAUGUGAAGGAUAUGGACAUAUCAGGACUGAGUGUGCAACUUAUUUGAAGAAGCAAAAGAAGGGUCUAUCGGUUUCUUGGUCUGAUGAAGACGACUCUGAAGGAGAAGCAGAGACUGCAAAACAUAUUAAUGCUUUGACAGGUGUAUGUACAUCUGACAACGAAUCCUGUGAUGAAGAGCUAACCUAUGAAGAACUAGCUGAUUCUUAUAAGGAGUUGUGCCUCAAAAGUGAAGAAGUGUGCAGAAUUCUAGAAAAGCAAAAGAAGACUAUUGCUCAACUGCAGGCUGAAAGAUAUGAUAAUUUAUCAAAAAUCUCAGAGCUCAAUAAAGAGGUAACUGAACUAAACUCCCACCUUAACAACCUAAAGAAACAUGUAGUAAUGUUAAAUAAAGGAACUGAAUUGUUGGAUGAGAUACUGGAAAAUCAAGCCUCUCCCGGCAAAGCAAAAGCAGCCAUUGGCUAUAAUUAUCAGCAUGAUAAUAAACCAAAGGAUUACAAUCAAGACACUAAAUACAUACCACUUAGACAAACAUUUCCCACAAUGUAUGGCAUAGUGUCACCACACCUGUCUGCAGAAACUGUGAAAGGACAGAGACAGAUGUUACCACAUGUGUCUGCACAUCGUCAAAGAAAGCAGAAAAAUACAUAA